UUUUGAGUGGCUUCCGCUCGAGUGUUUGACUAGAAGUCAAUUUUUUUUAAAAAAAAAAUUUGUGUUGAGGGAGGGGCCUCGGGUCUCUUUUCGACACACAGAUCCACCACUAAUUGUAAACCAUAGGACAGGAAAAAAGGUAAGGCGACUUUAAUAAUAUAACAAGUCUUCAUAACUGAAAAUAAUUGUAAAUAGACAUGAUUUAUCAAUUAAUCCCUAUUUGAGCUGUAAAUAUGGUAAAGUUGACAUGCAUUGUUGGUGGUUAUAGAUAUGGUAUAGUUUCCAGAGUUGCCUUUUUUUCUUGUCAAUGUUCGCUACUCUCUAUCUCUUUCCAUUCUUCACAAAUAAUCAUAAUAGUCCCUUUUCCCCGUCAGUCACGCCGCUUAUAAUACUCGCACCUUUCUCUUCCACUGAACAGAACAAAACAAAAACCAAACUUUCUUCAAACCUUCUUUGGCUUCUUCACAUUCCAUUCCUUCACCAUCAAACACCCAAUCUGCACAAUUCUCUUCCUAAAAAUGUCUGAAUUUUCUUACCCCUCAAAGAAAACUCCUCACAACUUCUCUAGUCUUCUCCUAUCUGACUUUCAUCUCUUCUGUUCCUUUGUCUUGUCUCACCCUCUGUACUUCUCUUACUUCAUCUUCUUCUCUCCUUAUCUCAUCAAACUACUCUCCUUCCUUUCUCCUCUCUUCAUCACAACCUCUCUCCUUAUACUCCUUGUUCUUUUUACUGUAUCGCCUGAUCUUGUCAGUGACAGCGGUACCAGUCAUCCUGAAUUGAUUGAAUCCAAGCUGAGUUUCCUUCUCUCUGCGUAUCAAACCAUUGUUGAUAAAUUGAGGUCUGAAGUAGAGAAUGAGGACCAGGAGUUGUACUGCUUUGAGGAGCUUGAAGUGUACAAGAUUGUGUUUGAGACCUCUGUUCCUGAAAACAGAGAAAACCCAGUUGAAGUCUUGGAAGUGGAAGCUGAGGAAGGUCCUCUACCAAGCUCAGAAGCACAAUCAGACAAGUAUUUUGAUCCUGAAGGUUUUGAUGGCAAUGUGGAUGAAAAUUCAGUGGAGUACAGUAAGAGCUCAACGGGAUUGUUGAAUCAGAAGAAAGAGUUGGACGAUCUCCUCAGCAAAAAGCAAGAAAAAGAAGUCAAACCACUCAGUGUUGAGUCCAAUAAAGUUGAAGAAACAUCCAUUGUACGCGGAUCCAAUGGAGUAGGUAAUAAAAUAAUCAGUGAGAAAAAAGUGAAUGUCAAUAGUGGUGGAGACUCUGCAAAUUCUACAAAAUUAGAAGCUGAUCUUUGGUGUACUAAUGGUGAUUACUCAUCCAAAGUGAUUGAGAAUUCUGAAACUAAUCUCGGGAGUUUUGGAUCGAUGAGGAAGGAAAAAGAAUGGAGGAGGACAUUGGCGUGCAAGCUCUACGAGGAGCGACACAAUGUAGAUGGAUCAGGUGGUGGAGGUGAAGAAGGGAUGGAUAUGCUUUGGGAGACAUAUGAGGCCACUGAUUCAACCAAAGUGAAGACAAAGAGUGACAAAAAGAAGAAUAGUACUAAAGGCAAAAGUAUUAAGGAUUGUUAUGAGGAGGAGGAAGAAGAAGAUUAUGAUGAUGAUGAGCAAUUAUGCUGCUUUCAGGCAUUGAAAUUCUCAGCUGGGAAGAUGAAUUUGGGUAUGGGAAGGCCUAAUCUUGUCAAGAUUUCUAAAGCCUUCAAAGGCUUUGGAUGGUUACAUCAUGUCACCAAGCCUCGCAAGAAGGGUUACCAUUGAUUUGAUGUAGCAUUCGGCUUGAGUGGACGGGACCACAAACCUCUACAAUAUUAAGUUUGGUGGUUCUGGCAUCACAAAUGUACAUUUGUUUUAGGAUCAUAUUGCGAUACUGUUUCUUUUGGAUUUUGAUUGAUAACUAGAGACAAUGUAGAAUAAAGAUGUUAAGCCUUGUAUGUUAGAAUUAGUAAACAGUGACAGUCAA